CGCAGGAAUCAGGGAAUUAAUACGGGCUGUCUGAAACAAGCAAAUCCCGCCGCCUACUCUGCUGCCCAAUUCUUCUGAUACCGCAUUCCGCGCAUCGCGUUACGCUCGAGCGUCCCGCCGCGCCCGAGAAAGCCUGUGCUUCUUCCCGCUUCCCAAAUCCUCCCUCACUGCCACCUCCACACAAUGGCUGCUCUUGGCGCCCCCGGCGCCAACCCCGUCGUCUUCUUCGACAUUUCGCUUGGUGGCGAGCCCCUCGGCCGCAUAAAGAUGGAAUUAUUUGCAGACGUCGUGCCGCGCACCGCCGAGAACUUCCGCCAAUUCUGCACGGGUGAGACCAAGAACGGCCAGGGUCGUCCCCAGGGCUACAAGGGCUGCAAGUUCCACCGCGUGAUCAAAGACUUUAUGAUCCAGGGUGGCGAUUUUCUGCACGGUGACGGCACCGGCUCGACCAGUAUCUACGGCACGCGCUCCUUCGCCGACGAGAACUUCAACCUCAAGCACGAUGCGCCCGGCUUGUUGAGCAUGGCUAACUCAGGUCCCGACAGCAAUGGCAGUCAGUUCUUCAUCACCACGGUUGCGACGCCAUUCCUGAACAACAAGCACGUUGUUUUUGGCCGCGUGGUCGACGGCAUGGACGUAGUGCGCAAGGUUGAGAAUACGCGCACGCAGCGGGAGAAGCCAGUGCAGGAUGUUACCAUUUCGCAAUGCGGAGAGAUGUGAAGAGCGAGUACGAGCAUGCGUAUUGGAGACAGUAGCAAGUAGGAACUGGAACUGGGCUUUGCGACCUUGUUUCUUGAGAAGCCGAGUGAGCCUGAGCCAUACUCGGCCCUAAAUAUAGCGAUCAUUCUCGUAGGAUGAGACGAAAGGAAACAAUGGAAGAAGACAUGUUCGCAUAAAGACGGCUUACCUACACACCGUAGGUUAAGUGCUUGCAUGUCCCG